GUCGCCGCCGUCGCCUAGGCGGUUGGGGGUCGGUGGGGCGGCGCGGGCGGGGGUCGCUGCGCGGGGCGGCGAGUCUCUGUUUUGUCUCCUCCUCUCCCUGUGGAGCGGCUUGGGCUGCUAGGGAGGCCCCGGCUCCCUCCGGACGCUCGGCCAACGGCGGCGGCUGCUAGUCCGCGGCCCUGCUGAGAGGGAAAAGGACGCCGCGGUCUUCCCAGGCGUCGCGGAGAGCAGUUCCAAAGAACUACUGGUUCAGAUUUUAGCUCUUCCGAAGUUGUGAAAACAGUGAAGGAUGCUUAGACUACUUAACAUACAAACUGGUCUCUGGUUAAUCAUCUUUAGAAGACUGGAUUUCUGGAUAUCUACUGCACUCCAUCUCUAUUGACUUUUAAAACAUGAUAAUGCAAACCUAUAACACUGGCAACCAUCAAUGAACCUUUAAUUUCAUUGAUUAAUAGCGUUUGAAGCUUCCUCAGGGAAUAACAAUGACAUCAGCAGUGGUUGACAGUGGAGGUACUAUUUUGGAGCUUUCCAGCAAUGGAGUAGAAAAUCAAGAGGAAAGUGAAAAGGUUUCUGAAUAUCCAGCAGUGAUUGUGGAGCCAGUUCCAAGUGCCAGAUUAGAGCAGGGCUAUGCAGCCCAGGUUCUGGUUUAUGAUGAUGAGACUUAUAUGAUGCAAGAUGUGGCAGAAGAACAAGAAGUUGAGACCGAGAAUGUGGAAACAGGUGGAGUCUCACUGUGUCACCCAGGCUGGAGUGCAGUGGUGUGAUCUCGGCUCACUGUAACCUCUGCCUCCUGGGUUCAAGCAAUUCUCCUGUCUCAGCCUCCCAAGUGGCUGGGACUACAGAAAUCCUCCCUGUGGCACAAAAGGACUCCUUUAAUUAGAAAAUAUUGUUGCCACAGGGAGGUAGAAGAUCGACAUGAAAAACUGGGGAUCUGAAAAGGAGCCCCUAUCCUAGGAUUACCUGAAGGUGAAACAGAUUGAGCCAGAAGGAAGACAAUGCUGUGGAAGCAUCAGUUCAUAGCAGUAAUGCACACUGUACAGAUAAGACAAUUGAAGCUGCUGAAGCCCUGCUUCAUAUGGAAUCUCCUACCUGCUUGAGGGAUUCAAGAAGUCCUGUGGAAGUGUUUGUUCCUCCUUGUGUAUCAACUCCAGAAUUUAUCCAUGCUGCUAUGAGGCCAGAUGUCAUUACAGAAACUGUAGUGGAGGUGUCAACUGAAGAGUCUGAACCAAUGGAUACCUCUCCUAUUCCAACAUCACCAGAUAGCCAUGAACCAAUGAAAAAGAAAAAAGUUGGCCGUAAACCAAAGACCCAGCAAUCACCAAUUUCCAAUGGGUCUCCUGAGUUAGGUAUAAAGAAGAAACCGAGAGAAGGAAAAGGAAACACAACCUAUUUGUGGGAGUUUCUUUUGGAUCUACUUCAAGAUAAAAAUACUUGUCCCAGGUAUAUUAAAUGGACUCAGAGAGAAAAAGGCAUAUUCAAGCUGGUGGAUUCAAAGGCUGUCUCUAAGCUUUGGGGAAAGCAUAAGAACAAACCAGACAUGAACUAUGAAACCAUGGGACGAGCUUUGAGAUACUACUACCAAAGGGGAAUUCUUGCAAAGGUUGAAGGACAGAGGCUUGUAUAUCAGUUCAAGGAUAUGCCCAAAAACAUAGUGGUCAUAGAUGAUGACAAAAGUGAAACCUGUAAUGAAGAUUUAGCAGGAGCUACUGAUGAAAAAUCAUUAGAACGAGUGUCACUGUCUGCAGAAAGUCUCCUGAAAGCAGCAUCGUCUGUUCGCAGUGGAAAAAAUUCAUCCCCUAUAAACUGCUCCAGAGCAGAGAAGGGUGUCGCUAGAGUUGUGAAUAUCACUUCCCCUGGGCACGAUGCUUCAUCCAGGUCUCCUACUACCAAUGCAUCUGUGUCAGCAACAGCAGCUCCAAGGACAGUUCGUGUGGCAAUGCAGGUACCUGUUGUAAUGACAUCAUUGGGUCAGAAAAUUUCAACUGUGGCAGUUCAGUCAGUUAAUGCAGGUGCACCAUUAAUAACCAGCACUAGUCCAACAACAGCGACCUCUCCAAAGGUAGUCAUUCAGACAAUCCCUACUGUGAUGCCAGCUUCUACUGAAAAUGGAGACAAAAUCACCAUGCAGCCUGCCAAAAUUAUUACCAUCCCAGCUACACAGCUUGCACAGUGUCAACUGCAGACAAAGUCAAAUCUGACUGGAUCAGGAAGCAUUAACAUUGUUGGAACCCCAUUGGCUGUGAGAGCACUUACCCCUGUUUCAAUAGCUCAUGGUACACCUGUAAUGAGACUAUCAAUGCCUACUCAGCAGGCAUCUGGCCAGACUCCUCCUCGAGUUAUCAGUGCAGUCAUAAAGGGGCCAGAGGUUAAAUCGGAAGCAGUGGCAAAAAAGCAAGAACAUGAUGUGAAAACUUUGCAGCUAGUAGAAGAAAAACCGGCAGAUGGAAAUAAGACAGUGACCCACGUAGUGGUUGUCAGUGCGCCUUCAGCUAUUGCCCUUCCUGUAACUAUGAAAACAGAAGGACUAGUGACAUGUGAGAAAUAAAAUAGCAGCUCCACCGUGGACUUCAGGCUGUUAGUGGCAGUACUGACAUAAACAUUUGCAAGGGAAGUCAUCAAGAAAAGUCAAAGAAGACUUUAAAACAUUUUUAAUGCAUAUACGAAAACAAUCAGACUUACUGGAAAUAAAUUACCUAUCCCAUGUUUCAGUGGGAAAUGAACUACAUAUUGAGAUGCUGACAGAAAACUGCCUCUUACAGUAGGAAACAACUGAACCCAUCAAGAAAAAGGAUUGAAAGGGACCAAGCAGCUCACUACGAUAUCAAGUUACACUAAGACUUGGAACACUAACAUUCUGUAAGAGGUUAUAUAGUUUUCAGUGGGAGGGGUUGGGAUGGGUGAUCUUAUUGUUACAUAUAGCAAUUUUUGAUGCAUUUUAUAUGCAUACCAGCAAUUAUUACUGUGUUCGCACAGUUCUCACUUAACUGGUGCUAUGUGAAGACUCUGCUAAUAUAGGUAUUUUAGAAUGUGAAUUGAAGAAUGGAUCCCAAAAACUUCAGAAAGAGGAUAGCAAAAAAAGAUCUAGUGCGAUUUUUUAUAUAUAUAUAUAUAUAUAUACACACACACAUAUAUAUAUAUCAUAUAGCUUAAGCUGAUUUAAAACAAAGGCCUUAGACUAAUUUUCGGUUUUCUUUCUUGAAAUAAGCUAAUGGCUUGUUUGUGUAAAGCUUUUUUAUUAAAAGAAAAAUUUUAAAAAUCUUGUACCUAGCACAGUAUUGUUAUAGAAUUUACAUGUAACAUUUUAUAUGGUAGUUUAAGUCUGUCAGUUUCUUAAUUGUGGACAGAUUAACAGUUGGCUCUGGCCUUUUGCUGUAACAUGCCUGUGUCACUCAGCCCUGGCAUUUGUGCAGACAUAUCAUUUUCAGUUCUGCUGUCACUUGGAAGUUCAGGCUCAGCAUGAAUUUUUGUCAGGUAGCUCUAAUACCUGGAGUUUUCUUUCUUUCUUUCUUUUUUUUUCAGUUGAAGUUUAUGAGGGAAAUACCAGUGUUCAGAUUUGAACUAUAAUAGUUUGUAUAUUCAACAUUUGAAGUAUAUUCUAUUUUGUUGUACUCUUGUUUCAAAGUGUAUUCAAGUAGGUUUUCUGAAAUAUAGAAAUGAAAUUUAUCUUC